AUGGCGGUGCUUGCCGGCAUGGCUGCCGCCCAGGCCACGCGGCAGCUGCAGCAGGAUCCAGCUGCUAGCGCGCCGAUCAACACAAUCGCCACCUCCAAUGAAGUAGACGCGGCAGUGGCGUUACAGAUGGUGCAAGCCUUCUCGUCAGCCUCCACUGAGCUUGUGACGGGCGAGAGCGAUGGUAGGGUGUUUGCCUUCGCGGAGCCCGAGGGCGCUGCCAACGUGAAUGUGGAAUCUGUGGCAGCCAAGGUCUUUGCUACGGCGCUGGCCAGCUGGACGAUGGGCGUGCUGGAUGCGCCCAGCAAUCGGGGGCUGAAGCCCAGCAAGUAA